AUGUCUCUAAAAGAAUCCGGACAGAAUGACGAACAGAAUUACCCAUCGCCAGCAAAACUAGCUGUGAUUAUCACAGCUCUCUGCCUGGCAGUAUUCUGCAUGGCGCUGGACAAUACAAUCAUCGCGACAGCCAUUCCCCAUAUCACGGGCCAAUUCCAUGCGCUUGACGACGUGGGCUGGUACGGCAGCGCGUAUCUUCUCACCACCUGCUCAAUGCAGCUGGUCUUUGGAAAGCUCUAUACCUUCUGCUCUAUCAAGCUGGUCUUUCUUUCGGCAUUGGCGAUUUUUGAAGUCGGAUCCUUGGUAUGCGGUGUAACACCGAAUUCAUUGGGUCUUCUACUUGGUCGGUCCGUGGCCGGGAUUGGGGCAGCUGGCCUGUUCUCCGGCGCUAUUCUGAUCAUUGCGGACUCAGUCCCUUUGGGCAAGAGACCUUUAUAUACAGGAGUGGUUGGGGGGAUGUACGGAAUCGCGAGUGUAGCAGGGCCGUUAAUGGGCGGGGCUUUCACAGAUCAUGUCUCGUGGCGUUGGUGCUUCUAUAUCAAUCUGCCAAUCGGUGGCAUCACAUUUGUCUUCUUGCUCUGUUUCUACCGCCCCCCACCCCGAGCAAAGUCGACCUUAUCCGCCUGGGAGCAGCUCCAGCGGUUUGACAUAAUCGGCACCAUCUUCUUCAUUCCGUCCAUCAUCUGUUUGCUUUUGGCAUUGCAAUGGGGUGGCUCCGCUUAUGAAUGGAGCGAUGGGAGGGUCAUUGCUCUAUUCGUCUUAUUCGGGGUUCUGAUCAUCGUUUUCUUCUGCGUGCAGCUCUGGCGACAAGAGAACGCCACUCUCCCACCACGGAUAUUCGGAAACCGCAAUGUUUGGGGAAGUUCUUCGUUCACCUUCUGUCUUGGUGCGGCCUUCUUCGCCUUGGUUUACUACCUCCCGAUCUGGUUCCAAGCAAUCAAAGGCGCCUCGGCUGUCAAAUCGGGAAUCAUGAACCUCCCCAUUCUUCUUGCCCAGGUUGUGCUGUCCAUUGUGGCCGGAGCAUGCGUGACACAAUUCGGCUAUUAUACGCCUUUCAUGAUUCUGUCGUCUUGUCUCAUGGCAGUUGGAGCGGGGCUUUUGUCAACCUUCCACCCGGACACAGGGAGUGGUGAAUGGAUUGGCUAUCAGAUAAUCUUUGGCGCCGGAGUAGGGACCGGCAUGCAGCAGGCACUGAUCGCCGUGCAAAGGGCCCUUCCACCUGCCGAUGUGCCCAUUGCGACAGCGACAGUGAUGUUUGCCCAAACCCUUGGAGGCGCUAUAUUCAUUUCCGUGGCGCAAAACGUCUUCACCAACGCACUCCUGCAGAACCUUUCCGGUAUAGCGAACAUUGUACCGCAGCAGGUAGUCAAUAUCGGAGCCACGGACCUGAUAACGUUCAUCCCAGCUGGUGUAUUGCCUCAGGUUCUUUCGGCCUACAACGAUGGCCUUGUGGCCGCCUUCUACGUGUCAACCGCUACGGGAGCCUUAUCAUUGCUUGGAGCAUCUUUUGUGCAGUGGAAGUCUGUGAAGGCUUGA